UUUUUCUAUUAAUCAUUUCUAUUUGUAAAUUUUGUUCUGUAUUAAUCUUCAAGAUUUUAGUAAUGGAUUCUCAUUUAAAUGUUAAUAUUCAUCCAGACAAUGAGUUGGAUCAACAACAAACACAUCUUAAACAACCAAAACAGCAAGUAAUUGAGGAUGAAGAAUGUAAUGUUGAAGUUGUCUUAGACGAUAGUCACCUGUUGCAUAUUCAGGAAGGAAAUGAAUUGCCGCCAGAAAAUUCUGUUCAAGGUGAACUUGUAGAAUUUUUGCGAGGAGUUACUAAUUUCGGAAAUCUUUGCAUAUGGCAUGAAGGGUAUCGUUACUCGAAACUUAAAGGACCUUACUGGCGUUGCUCCGAUCGACGAUGUCCAGCAAAAGCGAUUGCGCGCGUGCAAGAAGAUGGAAGAAUUUUGGGUAAAACAAAGUUAGAGCAUACACAUUUUCCUCAACCAGAACGUCGACAAGCUGAACUGAAACGAUACGAAUUAAAGCAGCGUGCCUUAGAAGAACCAAAUGCGGUGCGAAGUAGACUUAUUGCUAAUGUACGUUCUGAAGUUGAUGAUGAGACAUUCGUUGCUAUGGGCACUGACAAUGCAUUGGGGCUUAUGACUUAUAGGGCAAGAACUAAGCUAUUUGGAAGGGUUGGUGGAAAAGUAGAAGUUUCUUCCAUAAAGAUACCACUAAUGUUAGUUGAAAGGAACGGCCAUUCUAUAUUACUUUAUGAUUCGAGAAUACAUCGACCAAAUGAUCAACAGACUGUGCUUGUGUUUGCCCAUCCAUAUAUGUUACAACAACUUGCCAUACAUCCAUCUUGGACAAUGAGUGGUUCACCCAACUCUGCACCUAAGCAAUUUAGGCAAUCUUUUGUUAUUGGCGCAAUUGUUCGAAAUCGAGUCAUUUUUGCGGCACGUGCUCUUUUGCAAGGUGACACGUCGAGUUAUUAUGAGGAAGCUUUAGACGUGAUUGCUAAUUCAAUUGAGCCAACAAAACCACGUAAAAUUAUUUUGGAUUACGACAAUGAGAUGGUAUGUGCUGCACAAAAUGUUUUUCCUGAAGCCAUAUGUAGUGGCAGCUACCUUCGUUUUGCUCAAGCUUUGUUCCGAAAAUGGAGAGAAUUAAAACUUGGUACCCUUUAUGGGAAUGAAAAAGGUCAAGAAGGCAAUGUUGCUAGAAUGACUUUCCGUCGGCUUCUUUGUUUGGCACUCAUUCCUGCUGAACAUGUCAUUCGUGCUUUUUAUAUUAUCGCUGAGCUUGCAUCAAUUCAUGAAUUAGCAGAAUUUAUUUAUUUCUUUAAAUGCACAUAUAUUGGACUGACAGACUAUGAAUUUAAAAUGAAGGCAUUGGCAUUUGGACCUAAUUUUGAAGAUAAUUUAAUGCAAGUUGAGCAAACUGUUGCUUAUGAAGGUUCUUGUUCUAUAUUUUUCUUUUUUUAUUUUUUGUUCUUUCCUUAUCAGGUGAUGGGAAUGUUAGCCAUGUUGAACAUGUUUAUGCAUCUCAAUCUCAUUAUGAAACGGAUCAGCCUUCGCAUUCUGCAGUUGUUGUAA